GGAGAUGUUGUGAUUGCCCCGGUGCAUCCUUGAAAAGCAGUCCGUGACCUUGGGCUUUGGCUGAGUAAGGACCAUGUGAGAGGAGCGCGGCGCGCUCCCGUCAGCCUGGCUGAGAAAAGGCGCAUCCUCCUUUUUUCAUUGCAGUCACGUCUCCUUGCACAGAUUUGAGAUGAGGCACAAAGGGAUGUGAAUUUAUCCUGUCAAUAUUAUGUCAGCAGAUUAGUGUUAGCCAACAGGAGGAUGAAGCCUCACAUCGUAUUUUGCGUAUCCCUCCUAAUUUAACCCUUCGAGGGGAUUCUUCGCUAUUUUCCACAACCUGCAAUGCCUGCAUCGGACCGAGCGACUGCACCUCGUUGAGAUCAAGAAUCAGGCGCAUCUUCAGAACCCUUUGAUGAUUCUUCAUCUGACCACCUUUGCGUAACGAGCGAAACCACAGAUUUUUUAUUUUAUUUUUUAUUUUUGGGGGGGAGAGGGGGAAUUGGAUGUGUUGCAGAAAAAAUCAGAUCUGUUAGUGAAUUAGAUGAUGCUUUCCAUCCAUCAACAAUGAUGCCCUGGAUUGAGAGCGGACAAACGGCGUAGAAAGGUGGCGGACAAUGUCCAGCUCAGCUCAGCGGGUAUUGAGGCACCUGUGAUCCUGGUUCUGGAUGCGGCGCAGAGAGACACCUACCCGGGUGUCACAGUCAGCUCUGGAUGCUGCGCCGAAGGAUGGCAUACACCGACCCGUCGUCGGGCAAAGAUAUACUCGGCAGUAGAUCCCUGUGUUUCAUAUUUAUUUGCGCAUUUGGACUCGUCACGCUUUUACAACAGAUUCUUUAUGGGAAAAACUACAUCAAGAGUGCACAACAGUUUAGCCGAGUCAAAGGGGACGAGACCGGAAAUUGGACCGGCCCCGUUAAUUUCUUCGAUGACGGAUCUCUGAAGCCUGCCAGAAAUGGAAGGAAAAGAUGUUUCCGUCAGAAUAUUCAGCCAGAUUCACAGAUCUCCGUAAUAGUCACACCCUGCCUAGCUGAUAUUAAGAAGAAAAAAAAACGCUCUCAAAGGUAUCUGGAAAAUUAUGACGGCUCUUUUGAAUUCAACUCCACGGCUUGCAGGGAGCUCAGACAGGAGAUUAUGGAUGUCAAAGUCCUGACGAUGGUUAAAACUUCAGAGCUGUUUGAAAGAUGGCGAAACCUACAAAUCUGCAAGUGGGAGCAAAACAAAGAGGAGACCAGCAACUUUAAGAUGUCUCUGUCCCGCUGCUGUAAUGCUCCAUCCUUUUUGUUCACCACCAAGAGAAACACUCCUUCAGGCUCCAAGCUAAGGUACGAGGUGGACACCAGUGGCAUCCUUCCUAUUACCACAGAGAUUUUCAAGAUGUUCCCAGAUGAUAUGCCAUUUUCCAAAUCCCAGUUCAAAAAAUGUGCUGUCAUUGGAAACGGUGGCAUCAUCAAGAACAGCAAAUGCGGAAAGGAAAUCGAUUCAGCCGAUUUUGUUUUCAGAUGCAAUGUCCCCCCCAUCAGUGAGAAAUACUCAGCAGAUGUGGGCACCAAGACAGACCUGGUGACCAUAAAUCCAAGCAUUAUUACAGAGAGAUUUCAGAAGCUGGAGAAAUGGCGGCGGCCAUUUUACGAAGUCCUCCAGAACUACGAGAACUCAUCAGUGGUGCUACCCGCCUUUUACAACACUCGCAACACUGACGUGUCUUUCCGAGUUAAGUACAUGCUGGACGAUUUCGACUCCCAGAGAGGCGUGUUCUUCUUCCACCCGCAGUAUCUCCUGAGCGUGCAGCGUUUCUGGGCGGUGCAGGGCGUCCGGGCCAAGCGCCUUAGCAGCGGCCUGAUGCUCGUGACGGCCGCCAUGGAGCUCUGCGAGGAGGUGCACCUCUACGGUUUCUGGGCGUUUCCCAUGAACCCAGCCGGCAUCUUUAUUACUCACCACUACUAUGACAACGUGAAGCCACGGCCAGGCUUCCACGCUAUGCCUCAUGAAAUUUUUAACUUCAUCCACAUGCACACGCGUGGGAUUGUCCAUGUACAUACGGGGCGCUGCACAUGAUCUAUCUUUUCUUUUUUUCUUUCUGGUUUUUAAAUAAAUGUGUCUUGUUUUUGUUAGGAUUAUGCACUUGGCAAUUGGAGUGCACACUUAUUCGCUCCGAUUAGUUCAACAGUAUGGUGAAGAUUGCUCGCUAGAACACGUUUCUCUUUUUAAAGAGCCUCUACAGCUGUCAUGUCACUGUGGCGAUCUUCGAGUCUCUGUCCAUAGGAUGCUCAUGUUCAAUAUAAAAAGUGAUCUUCAUAAUAGUGUUGUUUCUGUGAAGUUUUUGAAGUGGCCCCGCUGUACAGAGGUGUUGUUUUCUAUUGGGUUGCACAGGUGUUUCAGCUGAAACGGGGCUCCAGUGGAAGUGGCUUCAUGCCCCGUCUUUUAACUUUCUCUUGGACAGUUCUUGGGUGUGGCAGCUUAACGUUUGUGUCAAACAAGCCUAUGUUAGACUAUACAGCAGUAACAUCUUCUUGUCUACUUUUGUAAUCUCUUUCCUAUUCAGCUGUGUGAGUACUUUCAGACUCAGUUAAAAAGGCCUGUUUUCACGGGCCUAAUUGCUCUCUCUAAAAAAAACAACAACAACAAAAAAAAACGACCCCCCACCCCCAAUAUUUAAGAUGAGACACCAAUGUGUUUAAUAAUUUUUGGUUUGGGGCAAGAACUUUUACAAAACAACCCAGCUGUCGCUCUUGUCUUAAGCCAUUUUUGCCUUAUAGAAUAUCAAAUCCCUCUGGACAAUGUGCAACGCACCUGUGUGUCCGGCUUAUGUACAAAUACCUUACAGUGGAAUGAAAUGUUGGUUUGGCUCUUGAAUGAAAGGAAAUGUAAGGCUUGCUGUAAAAAAAAACAACAAAAAAACAUAUGUGUGCUUUCUGGCUCAUGUUCUUCUGGAAUCGUUCUCUGUAAGUUGCAUUCAUUGCCAUGAAAUGCUCUGCAUGAAUUUACUCUAUACUUGGCUUUGUGUGUGCCUGCUUUAACGAUCACUGGAAUAUGUUUACACUUAAGUCUCUUCACAGUGCAUUGGGAGGUGAAGACAGGAAACACAGACAGACCAAGUCGGCUGUAGAAUAUAGUAGUAACUGAUUAUUGGUGCAAGAAUGAUGACGGCUGCUGCCCGUGUUUGUUGUAGCACAAAACUAUUUAAUUUAAUGUUAUUUUAUCUUACUUUGAACUGCAUAGAUUUGAUUGCAUUUGUAGAAAAAAUCACACAUUUCACUACUGGAAUGUUGUGCUGAUUUACAUUGAAUUUUUGUUGUACUAUUUACAGAUUAGACGAAUGUAAAUGAUUAUUUUUGCCUCUGUUUAUGCUCAGCUAAAACUUAUUAGUUUAUUUUGAGUUUAAACAUGUUUAUGAUUUUUAUAGGUUCUUUAUGUACUUAAUGCCCACAGAUAGUGAGUGAAUUCAUCAAAUAUAGACACCAAAACAAGUCUGACAACAAUCAUGAUUGACUAAAGACUAAAAGAAAAGGUUAGGUUUUGGAAGGAGGUAUAUGUUGGUCUAUACGGUACUUCUUAACUCUUGAUCAUUCUUUAUAUUGAGUGUUUGUAAAUAAACCUGUUUCGAAUUUCUCAAAUGGC